GCACUAGAAAAACAUCCCAACUCACCAAUGACAGCAAAGCAGAUAUUGGAAGUCAUUCAGAAGGAAGGAUUAAAAGAAACAAGUCUGGUUUCAGACCCCGGCAUGGCUUGGAGACAGCGUUGGUGUGUAUGAAGGCUCUUCCUCGAAUGAAGGAUUUGGGACAACUUUCCAUGAUGAUUAUAUUAGAGCCUCAGCUGCUUUCGUGUUGGUCAUGAGGUGAUGCUGAACCGAAUGCUUGAACUAGCAGGAGUGGCUGGGAUUGCAUUGGAGUGGUUCCGUUCAUUCCUUCCGGAAAUGGAACCUCUCCAUUAGCCUGUCUGAAUGCCAUGCUUCACACUAACACUCGAAUAGGGGAUGGAUCAUUCUUCAAAAUCCCUGGAAAGGCGGGCCUCUAUGCUCUCAAAAAAGAGGAGUCAUGCCCCGCGGAUGGAACGUUGGAUUUAGUCUGUGAAUCUGAACCAGAUGGCACAGAGAUGGCUGAGGCAAACGCCAGUGGAGAGGAGAACGGAGUUUGUACGAAGCAGGUAACUGAUGAAGCAUCUUCCACUCGAGAUUCAAGCCUUACUAACACAGCAGUGCAAAGCAAGUUAGUGUCUUCCUUUCAGCAGCACACCAAAAAGGCGCUGAAGCAGGCUUUGAGACAGCAGCAGAAAAGAAGAAAUGGAGUCUCAAUGAUGGUAAACAAGACUGUCCCUCGUGUUGUUUUGACACCCUUAAAGGUGUCUGAUGAGCAGUCGGAUUCGCCGUCAGGAUCCGAAUCUAAAAAUGGUGAAGCAGACAGUUCAGAUAAAGAAAUGAAACAUGGGCAAAAAUCUCCCACUGGAAAACAAACAAGUCAGCACUUAAAACGAUUAAAAAAGUCUGGUUUAGGACACUUGAAAUGGACCAGAGCUGAGGACAUUGACAUAGAAACCCCAGGAUCUAUUCUUGUCAACACUAACUUGAGGGCAUUAAUAAAUAAACAUACGUUUGCUUCUUUACCUCAGCAUUUCCAGCAAUACCUCCUUCUUUUGCUCCCAGAAGUGGAUAGGCAGAUGGGAAGUGAUGGAAUUUUACGCCUCAGUACUUCAGCCCUUAAUAAUGAAUUCUUCGCAUAUGCAGCACAAGGGUGGAAACAGCGACUGGCAGAAGGAGAGUUUACCCCUGAAAUGCAAUUACGAAUAAGGCAAGAAAUUGAAAAGGAAAAGAAAACGGAACCUUGGAAAGAAAAAUUUUUUGAGAGGUUUUAUGGAGAAAAGUUGGGCAUGUCAAGAGAGGAAUCUGUGAAGCUCACUUCUGGACCAAACAAUGAUGGAGCCGAAGGUAGUUCCGCAUGUGGGACCUCUGGCCUUCUGGAUUCUUCUGCACAGGCCUCAUUGGAAGAACAACAACCCAAAAGCUUGAAAAAUCCAGCUUCUCCAGAGCCUGAUUUCUGUGCCACACUUUGUCCUAUGGUAGAAGUUCCGGCUAAAGAUGUAAUGGCAGAGUCAGUAUCAGAGGAUAUCUUAAUCGCUGAGGAAUCUGUGAUUCAGGAGGAAAUUGCAGAGGAGGUAGAGACGAGUAUUUGUGAAUGCCAAAAUGAAAAUCAUAAGACUAUACCUGAAUUCUCUGAGGAAUCUGAAAGUUCAACCACCUCCCAUGAUGAGCCCCAAUUAGCACCUCCAGAAGAUAACUUGGAAUCCUGUGUUAUGAUGAAUGAUGUCUUAGAAACUUUGCCUCAUAUUGAAGUUAAGAUUGAAGAGAAAUCAGAAUCAUCCCAGGAAGAAAUGUCAGUUGUUAUUGAUCAGAUAGAAGUCUGUGACUCUCUUGUUCCUUCUACUUCUGCUGUGACUCAUGGCAGUGAUUUAGAACAUAAGGAACCAGAAACUGCAGUAGAGACCAAUACUCCAAAAAUAAAAACAGGGCCAUCUUCUCUAGAUGGCCAAUUUCCAAAUGAAGGAAUUGCUGUAGACAUGGAGCUCCAGAGUGAUCCUGAUGAACAGCUUUCUGAAAAUGCUUGCAUCUCUGAAACUUCCUUCUCUUCUGAGAGCCCAGAGGGAGCCUGCACCAGCCUGCCUUCCCCAGGAGGAGAAACCCAAUCUACGUCAGAAGAAUCAUGUACUCCAGCCUCCCUUGAGACAACAUUUUGUUCUGAAGCCUCCAGUACUGAAAAUACAGACAAAUACAGUCAGAGAAAUGCCACUGAUGAAAACCUUCAUACAUCUUUGAUGUCAGAAAUCUCUCCAAUAUCCACAUCACCUGAAUUAUCAGAGGCAUCUCUUAUGUCCAACUUACCGCUAACAUCUGAGGCAUCACCAGUAUCCACCUUACCUUUAACUUCAGAAACAUCACCAAUGUCUGAUUUACCUUUGACAUCAGAAACUUCUUCAGUGUCUUCCAUGCUUCUCACCUCUGAGACCACUUUCGUAUCCAGCUUGCCUCUUCCUUCAGAAACAUCUCCAAUUUCUAAUUCUUCCAUGAGUGACAGAACGGUGCACCAACAAAGAAAGUCACCUUCUGUGUCUGAAGAAGCACUUUCUCCACGGAAAGAUGAACCUUCUGCCCCUGCCAAAUCCCUGGGAGAGAACCUUAUCUCCCAGCAGAAGCCUCUGUCCAAUACUUCUGAACCCAUCAAAAUGAGUUCUGCCAUCACUCCUGAAGUGUUUCCCCCUGAAGAACUACACAGUAAGACCCUGAGUCAGCAGCCUUGUAAAUCACAUAUUGAAAUUGAAAAGCCCUAUUCUCCAUCCAUUACAGAACUUCCUGCUACAGAAAUGAUGAAAGUUAAAAAUCACAGUGUCCUGCAAAGACCAGAAAAGAAAGGAAUGUCUUCACCAUUGGAAUUAUCUGUCUUUUCUGAAGAUCCAGAGAAUAAGGGAAAUGAGCUUCUGUCAACUGCAUUACAGGACAAACAGUAUGUCCCAUCAGCAGAUAAGCCUUCCUUUUCAGAAGGUUUGAGAAAUAAAACACAUAAGCAAGGGAACACACAGAAUCGAUUGGAGACCUUACAUACUUCCAAGUCAUCAGAACCCUCCAAGUCACCCGAUGGCAUAAGAAAUGAAAGUAGAGAAUCAGAGAUAUCAAAGAGGAAGACUGCAGAGCUGCAUAGCUUUGGAAUCUGUAAAGAAAAGAGAGCUAGGAUUGAGGAUGAUCAGUCAACCCGAAAUAUAUCAUCUAGUAGCCCAUCUGAGAAGGAACAGCCUCCAAGAGAAGAACCCAAGGUUCCCCCACUCAAGAUCCAGCUUUCUAAAAUCGGGCCACCUUUUAUCAUCAAGAGCCAACCAGUCUCCAAACCAGAUUCUCGAGCGUCCAGUAGCAGCACAUCUGUCAGUGGGGGGAGAAACACGGGAGCCAGGACGCUCGCAGACAUCAAGGCUCGUGCCCAACAAGCCCGUGCCCAGCGUGAGGCUGCUGCAGCUGCUGCUGUAGCUGCUGCAGCCAGCAUCGUCUCUGGAGCCAUGGGGAGCCCAGGCGAGGGCGGGAAGGCGAGAACCCUGGCACACAUCAAGGAGCAGACCAAGGCUAAGCUCUUUGCAAAGCACCAAGCACGAGCGCACCUCUUCCAGACCUCUAAGGAGACACGAUUACCUCCUCUCAUUUCCAAGGAAGGGCCUCCAAACUUGGAAGUCUCUUCUACCCCUGAAACAAAAAUGGAAGGUUCCACUGGUGUUAUUAUUGUCAAUCCAAACUGCAGAUCUCCUAGCAACAAGUCUGCACACCUCCGGGAGACCACCACUGUAUUACAGCAGUCUCUUAACCCCACCCAACUUCCAGAAACUGCUACUGACUUCUCUGUACAUAGUUCUGAUGAGAACAUACCCGUGUCACAUUUAUCUGAGAAAAUUGUUUCAUCUACCUCCUCUGAAAAUAACAGUAUGCCCAUGCUUUUUAAUAAAAAUUCUGUCCCCGUGUCUGUUUGCAGCACUGCUAUGUCGGCAGCAAUUAAAGAACAUCCCUUUGUGAGUUCUGUUGACAAAUCUUCUGUUCUAAUGUCUGUUGACAGUGCAAAUACUACAAUUUCUGCUUGUAAUAUAAGCAUGUUAAAAACCACCCAGGGACCUGACACUCCAUGCAUAGCCAUUAUACCAAAAUGUAUUGAAAGCACUCCUAUUCUGGCCUCCACAGAGGGCGCCGGCAUGUCAAGCCCCAUGGAUGAUAAGCCGUUGCUAGUUCCUAGCAGCAGUGCUACUAACUUAGUCUCCAGUCACUACACCUCUGUGCCAACUUCCUCUAUUGGAAAUAAUUUGCCAAACCAUCUCUCCACUAGCUCUGUCUUGAUUCCCCCAACGGGAAUUAGCAACAGAUUUCCUUCUGAGAAGAUAGCCAUGCCUGGGAGUGAAGAACAGGCCACUGUAUCCAUGGGUAGCACUGUGCGAGCAGCCCUCAGCUGCAGCGAUUCUACGGCGGCCACCGACUCUCUGAUUGCACGCCCACCCGUCGCCAUGUUUACCGGGAACAUGCUGACUAUUAACUCUUAUGAAAGUCCUCCCAAGUUAAGCGCUGAGAGCUUGGACAAAAAUUCAGGGCCUCGAAACAGGGCAGACAGUUCCGGGAAACAGCAGCCGGCACCAGGGGCCUUUGCACCAGCAGCCAUAAACAGAUCGAUUCCCUGUAAAGUUAUUGUCGACCACAGCACCACACUGACCUCCAGUUUGUCUCUGACUGUCUCCAUUGAAAGUACUGAAGCCAGCUUGGACCUCCAGAGCAGGUCAGUGAGGACCGAGGUAUCUAUACAGCCCAUGGCAUGUCCUCAGGUGUCUGUUAUUAGUAGGCCCGAGUCAGUGGCCACAGAAAACGUUGAUCACGGUUCUAGUUUCAUUGCUGCUUCUGUAGCCAAACAAGACUGUAAAGCCUUGCAGGCCCCCAGUGCCAGUCUCCGAGAAUUAUCCCUUGUUCCAGAUAAAUUAAAUGAGGUGACUGCUCCUAGUCAUAGCUUUGCUGAACAGGCGUGUAACCCAGCUCCUUUCAAAAGCGAAGCAGACAUAGCCUGUAGCAAUCAGUAUAACCCAGGAAACCGGAUUUGCUGGAAUGAUGAUGCCACGAGGAGCACAGGACAGCCUCUGGUUAGUCAUUCAGGUUCAAGUAAACAGCAAGACUACCCGGAGCAGAGCUGUCCAAAGGCCAUCAAAACUGAGCACACCAGCUACUCCCACGUGUCAGAACUUCACCCCAGGAAUCUCAUAGCCAAUGUCAGUCUUCCUGUGAAGUCCGAAUCUCAUGAAGUAGACAAGGGCUUUCGAAUGGAAACAGAAGACUUCCCUGGCCCGGAGCUGCCACCCCCAGCUCCAGAAGUGGUCUCCAGUGUGCAACAAAUGCAGAACGUAAAAGCUUCCACCUCGAGCCCCAUGGAAGAGGCGACUUCCUCAGCUCCAGACGCGCUGAAAAGAGUUCCGAGCGCAGGAAGCUCAAGUUGUCGCCUGUCAUCCGUGGAGGCUAACAACCCACUGGUGACACAGUUGCUGCAGGGCAACUUGCCUUUGGAGAAAGUGUUGCCACAGCCCAGGUUGGGAGCGAAGCUCGAAAUCAACAGGCUUCCUCUGCCCCUUCAAACUACCUCAGUGGGUAAAACAGCACCAGAGAGGAGCGUUGCGGAAAUGCCGUCCAGCUCUCCAAAUCCAGAUUGCAAGGGGUACUUGGCAGGGACACUUGUGCCACCACAGAUGAGAAAGCGAGAAAACCACCCCAAGAAGAGAGUAGCCAGGACUGUGGGGGAGCACACCCAAAUUAAGUGUGAGCCAGGGAAACUGUCUGUGGACCCAGAUGUAAAAGGGGGGCCGUGUGUCAUCAGUUCUGGCCUUAGCCAGCUAGGACACAGCCAGCCGUUCAAGCAAGAGUGGCUGAGCAAGCACUCCAUGCAGAGCAGAAUCGUGCAUAGCCCUGAGGUCAAACAGCAAAAGCGGCUGCUCCCUGCCUGCAGCUUCCAGCAGAGUCUGUUUCAUGUAGAUAAAAAUGGCGGCUUCCACCCUGAUGCUGGUACCUCACACAGACAGCAGUUUUACCAAAUGCCCUUGGCUGCCAGGGGCCCCAUGCCCACUGCAGCUCUACUCCAGACGCCUUCCAAGACCCCAGUGGGCUGUAACGUCUUUGCCUUCAAUAGGCAUAUUGAACAGAAGGGACCCGGAGAGGUUAGUCUUCCUUCAGCACCUCACCAGCUAAGACUAGCCAACCUGCUGUCCCCCAACACGCCCAUAAAAGAAGGCGAGGUGGGAGGCGCUGUGCACACGAUGUCCAGCAAAGCACUUGCCCAUCCUCCACUGCCGCCACCGCCGCUGCCACCGCCGCCUCCUCCCCCUCCGCCUCCGCCCCCUCCGCCCUUGGCCUUGCCCCCGCCUCCUCCACCACCACCCCCUCCACUGCCUCCACCUCUCCCAAAUGUAGAAGUCCCAUCCGAUCAAAAGCAACCGCCAGUUACCAUGGAAACCACUAAGAGACUUAGUUGGCCGCAGUCCACGGGCAUAUGUAGCAAUAUAAAAUCGGAACCUCUUUCUUUUGAGGAAGGUUUAAGCAGCAGCUGUGAACUGGGCAUGAAACAAGUUUCCUAUGACCAGAAUGAAAUGAAAGAACAGUUAAAAGCAUUUGCGCUAAAAAAUGCAGAUUUCUCUUCCUAUCUGCUUUCUGAGCCACAGAAACCUUUUACUCAAUUAGCUGCUCAGAAAAUGCAGGUGCAGCAACAACAGCAGCUCUGUGGAAAUUAUCCAACAAUACACUUUGGUAGCACGAGCUUCAAAAGAGCAGCGUCUGCGAUUGAAAAGUCCAUUGGGAUUUUGGGAAGUGGCUCCAGUCCCGCCACAGGCCUGCCAGGUCAGAAUGCUCAGAUGCCCGUUCAGAACUUUGCCGACAGCAGCAAUGCGGACGAGUUGGAACUGAAAUGCUCUUGCAGGCUGAAAGCCAUGAUUGUGUGCAAAGGCUGCGGGGCCUUCUGCCAUGAUGACUGCAUAGGCCCUUCCAAACUCUGUGUAGCUUGCCUGGUGGUGCGAUAAGAGCAGAGUGAAAGAUGCAGUAUCCCUUUCAACCUGGAAAAGCCAAACAACAUCAGCAACAGCAAAUUGAAUAGUGCAGUGGCUUAUAUGCUAAUUUAUUUUACUCUUGAACAGAUUAUCUUUUCUCUAUAGGAUUAUUAUUUUCGUGCAUUUCUCAUAAAGCAGAGGAUGCAUCCCUACUGGAUGGCCCAACGGCACGUCUUGUACGUGUGUAGUUACCAUUCCCAACUCGGAAAAUUGUAUGUCUCUGUGUGUAUAGGUCACUGCCCCAUGUCCCCUUCUUUUUAAGCCAGGUGUAGCUAGGAAAAUGACAGUUUAAAUUGCCGAAUCACCACAAAUGCAGGUGUGGAAAGAGAAUGAUAGCAGUGAGUUAAGUUGGUCAUGCGUUUUUCUGUAGAUUAGCGAUUACAGCAAAUGACUUUACACAUGACUUCUCUGGACCUACCUUUGCCAAAAUGAUUAAGUUGUAUUUGAAGUGGGGAAUCUGAUACCUGUAUUUACUCGUAUCACAGAAGAUAUAUUAAAGGAGGUAUGCCAUUAAUAAAAUCCACUGACCCUGUUCUAUUUCCUCCCUUCCUACUCUUUCUCAAAGACUGGCAAAAAAUCUGGAUCUGCUUUGGAUCUUAUACACAGAUUAUAGUGAGAUGUGACCUGCACCUAAAACUGUAGAAUGGGCCUCAUAUCCUGUAACCUGGAUCAAGCCCAUAGAUACCUGACAAUGUAUGAUCAGUUGGCCAACAGAGAGAUGAAGGCCCAGAGGAUUUUGGAGAGGAUUUUUGUGUCGCUUUUAAGGGCUAGUAUGAAAAAAAAAAAGCCCUAAAAUUACAAGCAAACAAAGCGCUGUAUAUGCAUGCAUAAAUGGGUUGAUGAUGUAAGUAUCAGUCAUUCUAUUCACUCUAAUUCAAUUACUAAAUAUUAAAAUGGGGAGAUAGUAGCCCUUCUUAAUGACACCACUGUUUUGUGGCCUUCACCUAUGUGGUUGGCCACCUCCUUUUAUAAGUGUCAUUGAUAACAGAAGGGACUACAAAAGGCCGAAGUGUGACAUAGUUCAGAACCAUUUUUUUUUCCCAUGAUUGUAUAUGACUCUAGCCCUUAUUUUAAAAAUUGCUCUACUAUUGCAUGUUUUGCUUUGUCCCCCCUCUUUAAAUCUGGGAGACGGUACUGCUCUCAGAAAGGGAUACUGCAUCUUAAAAUUAUCCUCUGUGUUUAUCCAGCAUGGUCUGAGUGUCAAGUAUUUGAGCUACAUUCUGUAUAUUCCGGCCACCCUCGUCCUGGAGAACAGCUGUAGUUCAAGAAGCUCUGUUCCCAAAAGCAAGUUUAAAAGCACACACAUAUUGUAGGAAGAUGAAAGAAAUCCAACCCACGCCCAUUUAACUUCACAUUGGAGAGCACAAAAUGUGGAGUGCCAUUAACCCAUCGAUCAAUUGUGGCAGUAGAAAAAGAAAAAAGAUGGGGGAGUACCAUCUUUACCCAGGGUAAGAAUGACAGAUACUUUCACAUGGGAUCACUUGAAUCAAUAUGAACUUUCUGACAUUCCCUGAAAACAUGUCUUAAAACUUAAAUGGAAUGAGCAUAAAUUACAUUCCUGAAAGAAACAAAAACACUUGCAAUUUUUUUUAACAAUAAUCACCUAUGGCUUUUUUUUUCCCUUCAUAUUAUUGUGAUGUUGCCAAAUUUCUUUAGGUGACAGUGACAUCAUUUUUGUUAACUAAUUGCUGAUAGUGAAAGGUACUGUAUCUUAAGAACAGCAAAGAAAGGCCUACCACGUGGCCAUGAUUCUGUGGUGGUGCUUCAGGAUUGUUCUGUUUUUCAUAUUAACAUUAACAAAAUUAACAACUGAGAAAUUUACUUAACCAGCCCUUCCCCAGAAAAGCCAGCGGAUCCUUAGGUAACUGCACACCAGGUUGCAUUUGAAUGGUGUCCUUAGGAGUGGUGUCUCAUGGUCUGCUUGGCUCUGGUAUCAUCUUAAUCUCGAAGAUCAUCCUCUUAGCCUCACUGUGGGGCACCCCUGUAAUAUAGACGCUUGCCAACUUCUUCCAGGUUCAGUCGCUGCUAUACCAGUGUCAGAUACUGUCUACACCAGCAGACUGAAAACUACCGCAUCAGUAACUGACACAUUUGAAAGCAACUCCAGUCUACAAAACCUUUGUACUCUGUGUGAGGUACAAUUGAGGCUUACAUGAUACUGAGCUCAUUGUUGGCUCCAUCACGGUUGAAUAUUGCCUGCAAGUUUCUUUCUGGGAAUACGAAAAGUGUCCUUCUCUAUGUUUGGAUUUUUUCACAGAAUAGGUUUGGAGAAUCAGUUGUUGAUAGUGCAUGGAUUCUAUUGCCCACGUGCAAAGAGCAUAAUUUUUCUGUGCCCUUGCUCUUUUUUGCCCCAUUUCAAAUUUGUAGUGUUCUCAUAUUGUUUCUAGCAAUGAAAAAGC